AUGCCGCUCGUCUGGCCGCCCAUUGCCUCGCUUGCUGACGAGCUCGUUUUCGACGGCGACCGCUCGUCCUCGCCAGCAAUAGGGUUGCUCCGAUGGAGCUCAGCGCCCACACCAGAAGGCCUCGGGGACUCCUCGGAGAGGUCUGAGGUCGACUCGGUGUCGCUCGUCGACUCGGUGUCGCUCGUCUGGCGGCUCAGUGCCUCGCUACUGACCAGCUCCACUCUUGGCAACUCGGGCGCCGAGAACACUUCGGCCACGCGCCAGCCCGACGUGCGGCUGUCGGGGCAAGACUCGGAGAUCCUCAAGCCGAGCCUCUUCAUCUGGAGAAGGUCGUGGAGAGUCACCGGAGGUCCAAGAGGAGGUCGCAACCCAUGA